UUGACCAUGUGAGAACCGCGACCUAGCAAGUUUAGUAUCAAGUGACCUUCGAAAUUCCAUACCCAACUUAUUAUUUUUGUCCCAACUGUUUACAUUACUUUUAUUUUGUGUCUUAAUUCUAUUCGUCAAAUGUGAUAACUUUCAUAUCAUUUCUCGCAAAGUAGGUGAAAUAUUAUUUUGUGCCGAUCGCGUAAGUUGUUGUUGUUUAUGUAUGGAAAACUUUCAAAUUCUAGUCACUGCUGUACUUAUGUUUUGUUUAGAUUCCCCAAUAAAUCUGUAUUUGUUGCUCUCAUGAUUCAACCUUCAUCAUGAGUUCAUCCUCCGAGGGACAGCAGAUUUCAGAAAUCUGUAGAAACAAUGAAGCUUACAGAAAAAGUGCAAUCAAAGCUGCUGAUUGUGAUCAUAAGGACUCGCUUAAAGUUAUUGAAGAAUUUCAAGAAGUAUAUCGGAAGCGCAUGAAACUGCUUAAUGAAGCUAGCGAUAAGAGCCCUGAACUCUCAGAGUUAAAAAUAAGAACCUUGCAAGACUGGGUUGAAGAUCUGACAGAACAAAAUUCACUAUUGGCAACAACUUUGGAAGAGCUUGAGGCAGAGGCGUUGGUUAAAGCUAACAGUCUAAGCCACACCACAUCGGAUUUCAGCAGAACUCGCAAUUCAUUCCAUGACUCACUCGUAUCUAAUAGGACAGUGGACCUGCAAGAUUCAGCCUUAAGCCAGAGUUUCCUAGGAAUUAGUCUUGAUGAUCUUCAACGUCUGAGAAUGGAAAAUGAAGAAUUAAAGCAAAAAUACUCAAAGAAAGAAGCUGGUUUCGAAAAAUACCGAUUAUGUAUGGAGAAGCUGCUUGAACGUGUGGAGCAGCCAUUGUACGAUAGCUCUCACCCCGCAAUAAUGUUUUCUAGUGGAGAUAAUUCUAGGAUAAUUACAAAGUCUCAUUCAUUUGAAUUGGAGCAUCUGAACUCAAUGAUAGAGGAUUACAAGAACCAAAUUAAGCUACUUAAAGAAGAACUUAGCCGGAAGGAAAAUGAUGUCAAUAACUUGAAAUCAAACCUAGAAGAAAAAGAUGAAUCUCUAGCAAAAAUGUCCGAGCAGUUGGCUUACCUUCAAGAAAUUGUUCAAGAAGUUGAAUUGUUGAAAACAGAAAUGGAGAAAAAUCGGAAAAACUUUCAUGAAACAAGGAUGUCCCUAGCUAUGGAAGUUGCCUCCAAGCAUGACCAGAAUUUGAAACUAAAGCAUGAAAUACAAUUGUUAGAAGAACAAGUACGGCAAAGUGAAAUGUCAACUCAUUUUAAAGAUGACAUCAUCAAAGAGUUGCGAAAGGAGUUGAAAACUGCCCGAUGCAAGGAGAAAAAUGAUGAGUGUCUGAGUCAAUUGCAGUACAAGAUAGAUUCCCUUUCAAUGCAGCUCAAGGCCAAGAAUGAUCUUAUCUCACAACUAGAAAUGAAGUUGCGGCUGGAAAAAAACACUGCCAAUUCUCCGAAAGUUAUCGAUGAUGAUAGAGUGGAGGAGUUGAAACUCAAGUUGAAAGAGAAAGACGACAGGAUCCGUGAAUUGGAGGCAGGAUAUUCUGAAGUAUUUUCGAUUAGUGAUACUCCUUUGUCCUCUGUUUUCAACAAUCAGCACUCUCCAAAAUUUAUGAAGAAUAAAGUAAAUGAGAUUUCAUCAAGUUUAUUCUUCGAAAAGUUUGAGGACUACUACAAACUGUCGGAAGAAGAAAGUAUUAUUUUUGUCAAUCUAUUUAAGGAAAGUGAAACUGCGACUAAAAUUUCUCAAGAAAGAGAAAGUAAGGUUCUUGCACUAGAUGAACAAUUACUCAUAAUGUCAAGGCUUCUCCAUGAGAUUCUACAAUUGUUUGGAAAAAUAGAAGAAAGUAAUUUGCUUGAUGAUGUCAAUUCUGAAAACUCAUCAGUCACUGAGAUGACUAACCAGGACUUACAUCACUCUGUCAAAUUGAUCCAGGAGAAUUUAAACUCGGUUUUAUCAAGUUUGAAUGGGCAGGACUUUAGUUGUACAAACAACUGCAAUCACCUGUUAUCAAAUGUUGAGAAAGUUUUUGAAGAGGUUCAGUCAGAACUUUUUCUGUUGAAAGAAGGUUAUUCCUCGCAUAAAAAUCAGACAGAAAUUGUGUAUGAAACUUAUCGCAGUAUACAAAAAUCUUUGAAAGCCUUCAUUGAGCAUAUCACUGAGGUCGGCAAAAGUUUUGAAGAACUGAAAAAUAUGGACUUGAAUGGAAUAUUAAGUAAACAUCAAGAUAAAAUUCUUAGUUUGAAGCACGAUCUUCAAGAAACUCGCAAGAAGAAAGAGGAGACUCUUAAAAUUGUGAAGAAGUAUUUAACAAAAGAGGAUACUUCAAACCUUGGUGAAAGUAACUUGCACAUAAGAAAUUUAAACCAUUUAACUGUUUUGGCAAAUGAAUCAUAUAAUGGCUGUGUGAAUGUUCUUCAGGAUAUAAGUUCAAUUUUACGAAAUCAUUCCAGCUCUAAUGAAGAUGUCUCCAUUCCUAGUAUAUAUGUUGACACUCCGCAGACAAAAGAGAAAAUUUUCUCAACUUUGGAUCACGUCCUGUCAACCAACCAGAAAUUGAAGUCUAUUUUAGAAAACGCCUCCACUUCCUCUUCUAAUCCGGUUCCUCCUAAUAAAUCAUGGAAUAGUAGUCGCAAAGAGCAUGGAGACCAAAGUAACCACUCAACUGAAAUGGUCACUAGCAAAGAUCAGUCAACAAGCACAGAUAAUGAACAGAUGGAAAACUCAGAGCGGCGUCUUUCAGAAUUAUCUAUUGAACUCGAGCAUACAAAAUCUCUUCUUCGCAACUCAGAACAAGACAUGAAUUCAAGGUUGCAAGACUUUGAAAAUUACAAAAGCUGUGCAGAAAAAAUGAUAGAUGAUUUAAAAUUACAAGUCUCACAUCUCAAAAAAACUCAGGAUCUUAGUGCUGUCACAAAAUUGGAAUCAAAAAUUUCUGCUCUUGAAAAAGAGAAGGAUGCUUUUAUUAAGACAGUGGAAUGCCAGAAUAAAGAACUGUCAAGGAUAAAACAACUGUUUACGAUUGCUCAAGAGGAGAAGAAUGCUGCCCUAAUUGAAAAGUCUAUAGCUCAGGAUGAACUGAAUGAGAAAGCAUAUUUUGUCAAUGAAAAGUUGAAUGCUAAGGACAUGCGGAUUAAAGAGUUAUCUUCAAUGCUUGAUCAGUCUCAGCAGAGUGUGACUAAAUUACAAAAAGAAAUUGAAACUCUUAAUUCUAAAUCGGAUUAUGUAAUGGAGAAACUAAGGAAAGACCUCUGUGAAUUAACGGUGACUCUGAAGGAACGAGAUAACUUGCUAAGCAAACGUGAAGAAUGUAUCGAUGCGUUGCACGAAACUAUCCGUCUUCUGGAAACUGAGAAUAAAGAUCUUAGGAAAGAAAUUGAUAAUUUGGUGAAACAAAAGGAAAAGUACAUUGAAUUUGAAGAAAAACUUUUGGAUGCGCAAGACAAAAUUAUGCUGUUGGAAACUGAAAAACAUUCACUUGCGCAAAGAGUUAAGGCAUUCAAAAGUUAUUUUGAAACUCUCCAUGGAAACUUAACAGCUUGCAUUGAACAGGUUGCUGAAGAAAAGAAACGGGUAGAACGAUUGCAAGAGACCAACAUCAAUACGACGAUUAAGGUGUAUGAAUUGGAGCAAGACUAUCAAAUGUCAGAACGGAAACUACAAUGCUGUCAGGAAGAAAUCAAGAUUCUAGAGGCAAAAGUGAAAGAAUUGGAAGAUUCUCUGUCGAAUAGCAAUGAAGCAGCAUCUAAUCUUCGUUGCUCUCUUGAAGAGAAGGAAAACGAUUUAGUCACAGCUCAAAACAUCAAUAGGAUGUAUGAAGAAAACAUUGAGUCUCUGCGGAAAGAAAACGAAAGCAUCAACUCUCAAAAUGAAGAAACUAAAAUCAAGCUGAAAUACCUUUCUGAAGAAGUAAAUACACUAAAGAGACAAAAUGAAGACUUGAGUUUGAAGAACAGCCUAGCUUUGAAUGAAAUAAACCAAGAAAACCAAAUAAAUGAAAUGCUUCGUCAAAGGAUCGAAGAAAUUAAAAAAUCAAGAAAUCAAGAUCUAGCCGCGGCCCAAGAAAAUGAAGCAAUGCUGAAGGAUACGCAAAAAAAACUGUCGGAAAUAAUGAAAGCAAACUCAAUUUUGGAAAACAACUUCGUUGUUUUACUGAAAGAACUGAACAAUAUCCAAUUACAGGAUGAACCGAGCAUACUGUCAAAGAUCAACAGGGAAGGAAAUGGAAUAAACAGGACAGAAAUAGUUAUUGAACAGCUUAAAUUGGUGGAAAAGUCCUAUCACAACUUUGUUCAACAAGCAAAUGACUACAGGCAACAGCUCAAGUCCAAACAAAAUGAAAUCGUGAUCUUAACUGAAAUGAAUGAAAAUAUGAAAUCAAAAUAUGCCAAAAAAAUAGAUGAAAUGUCGAAACAGUUCCAGCAACUGAAAAACUCCAACGAAUCCUAUCGAGAUGAAACCACCAAACUAAAGGGAAACAUCAGUAACCUCACAUCUCAACUCAACGAAGCUUUGAACAGAGAAGAGUCAGCUAAAAGUUGUUUGUUAGUCAAAGACAGUGGCUGGUCAAAAAAACUGCAUGAUAAUGAGCAAGAAGUCGUGCAACUAAGAGGACUCCUGUCAAAUUUGAAAAGAGACUUCUCCAAACGGAGUGCAGAACUAGCACAAGAACAAGCAAAUCAUGCAGCCACAGAGACGAGGCUCAAGUCAGUAUCUGCUGAUGUAAUGCGUCUUCGCAAAGAAUUAAGGAGCAAAGAAGAGAUUGUAACCAAAGUUCAAGGAGGAAUGAGUCAGCUAACCAACAAACUAGUAUCUUACUUUCAAGAGAUUACAGAAAAAGCAGAACUUGUUUCUCUUUUAGAAGCUGAGAACAAGAGACUGAGAAAUGAAUUAGGCUCUCAGACUUACAAUCAUAAUGAAGUUAACAUACAACCCAAGAAACGCUCAGUUGCUGUUAGCUUUGAUGUAGAAGGUGCAAGUGGAGAAAAUCCUAAUUAUUUCUGCAGGUUAGAUGGAAAGCUCAAAGAAAACCAAAAAAUCAGAGAGCCAUUUUUAUCUGAGCUGUACCAGCAUAGUUUGAUAAAUAACCCUCUCAAGGAGUCGCCAUGUAACUCAAGUGCAUCUAGCUCUAAAUACUUACCACCGCAUCGUCAGAAGAGUAACCUCACUCAAAAAUAUAAAUCAAUGAAGCAACAGAAUGCUCAACUUCUGAAAGACAAGGAGGUACUAGAAAGAAUAAAUGAUCAGCUCAUAUCAGAAAUGACCGCCUCAGAUACGUCAGUCAGGAUGGCAUUUUCUUCGGCUCUUUCUUUGCCCGCUUUGCGCAGAGGAAAUGCAGAAAAAGAUGCUAUUUCAGUAUUGAUGGAUUCUAAUGAAAUCUUUGAAGAAUCUGAUUCCAAUAUAUUGGAAAUGAAACCUAACAAUCUUCACUUUUUGCACGAUGACAAAGUGACUACCUCAAAAUAAUGCAUUCUAUAUCAGGUUCGAUUCCAUAAAAAUUAUUCCAAGCAGCUUUUCCCAUUUUUUUACUUUUAUUUGUUUCAAUUUUUUUAUAUUAUAUUAAUGGGUUAGACCCAACUUCCUCUUAUGUAAGUUCAAAAAUAUUCCUAACUUUUUAAGGUUCAAUAUAGAUUACCUUUAAGCACUUUACAAUAAAAUAUUAUUUUUCUACUUCA